GGCGCUUUUAAAACAACAGACUUGAGUGGAAUACUUAUUAAAGAAACUAUACUUCUCUUUUCUAAUCACCUGAAACUAGAAGGGGCCCUGAAGCUGUUCUAGGCUUGCACACUUUCUCCGACAGAUUCUAUCGCCGAGACAUGGAACGCAACGGUCACCACGAAAAGCCGAGGAACUUCCACCAUGUGCUGGUAACCGGAGGAGCCGGUUACAUCGGAUCGGUGCUCGUGCCCCUACUGCUGCAAGAAGGCCUGGAGGUGACAGUUUAUGACCAAUUCCGAUUCGGAGUGUCCCCAUUGCUCUUCCACGCCCACAACCCUAGGCUGAGGUUCGUCAAGGGAGACAUCCGUGACAAGGAACAGUUGUCUCGUGCCCUGGAAGAUGCAGACGCCGUCGUCCACUUGGCCGCCAUCGUCGGGUAUCCGGCCUGCGAUCAGGAUCCCAUUCUGGCCUACAGUGUGAAUGUGGAGGGCACAAAUAAUGUGGUGUCCUGCCUCAAACCUCACCAGAAGAUGGUGUUCGCUUCAACGGGCUCUUGCUAUGGAGCUGUCGACGGAAUCUGCCACGAGGACACGCCCAUCUCCCCUCUCACCCUCUACGGCCGGACCAAAGCGGAGGCCGAGCAGAUAGUGUUGGACCACGGUGGUGUCUGCUUGAGGCUGGCCACCCUCUUUGGCGUUUCUCCUCGCAUGCGGCUGGACCUUCUGAUCAAUGACCUCACUCUGAAAGCGCUUACGGAGAGCAGGUUCAGCCUCUACCAGGGUUCCUUCAGGAGGACCUUUUUGCACGUUAGGGACGCAGCAAAAGCCUUCCUCUUUGCCCUGGAUAACUACGCGCAGAUGAAAGGCAUCCCUUUCAACGUUGGCGAUGAAACUAUGAACAUGACCAAAAUUCAAGUCGCCAAGCGAAUCCAGCACUUCGUUCCUACUUGUGAAAUCAGCCUGGGCUCCGGAGAGGACAAAGACCAGAGGGACUACGACGUAUCCUACGCCAGAAUAAAGAAACUAGGCUUCAGGUCUAGUAUUUUAUUGGAUGAUGGAAUUAAAGAACUGGUCGCUGUCUUGCCACAGAUGUCCGAAGCAGAACUCACAUUCAGCAAAAAUAUACUAUAACAGUGUCCAGUGUUUGUUUAUCCUCCAUUUCUGUAGAUGCGAGUUAAAGUCUUCCCAAACUUCAUAACAGGCAAUGAUAAAGGAUAAAAAAAACUGUGCUUAAUGUUUAAAUGGAAGACUCUUUAUAUGGGAAAGAAUCCCUUAUAAAAUGAUAUUUUUUAUGGAAA